AUGAGCUUUUUUUUUUCUCUUCAGAAGAACUUCUUGAAAGAUGUUUCUCUUUCCUCUCUUCUUAUUGAAUAUGGCCUCUUUCCUCUUCUUCUCUUUCACUCUUCUUCUCACCUCUUCUUCUCAGCUCGUUUCUCUUUCGUUCUUCUUCUCAAGCUUGUUUCUCUUCUUCUCAGCUUGUUUUUCUCCUCUCUUUCUUCUCUUCUCAGCUUGUUUUCUCUUUUCUCUUCUUCUCAGCUCGUUUCUCUUUCCUCUCUUCUCUCAGCUCGUUUCUCUUUCCCUCUUCUUUCUCAGCUCGUUUCUUCUUCUUCUUCUCGUUCUCUUCCUCUCUUCUUCUUCUAUUUCUUCUUUCUCAGCUUGUUUCUCUUCUUUCUAGUUUCUCUUCUCUUCUUCUCUUCUUCUCAGCUCGUUUCUCUUUCCUCUCUUCUUCUCAGCUCGUUUCUCUUCUUCUCAGCUUGUUUCUCUUCUUCUCAGCUUGUUUCUCUUCUUCUCAGCUUGUUUCUCUUCUUCUCAGCUUGUUUCUCUUCUUCUCAGCUUGUUUCUCUUUCCUCUCUUCUUCUCAGCUUGUUUCUCUUUCCUCUCUUCUUCUCAGCUUCUCGUUUCUCUUUCCUCUCUUCUUCUGAGCUCGUUUCUCUUUCCUCUCUUCUUCUGAGCUCGUUUCUCUUUCCCUCUCUUCUUCUCUUCUUCUUAGCUCGUUUUCUCUUUCCUCUCUUCUUCUUCUCAGCUUGUUUCUCUUCUUCUCAGCUUGUUUCUCUUUUCUCUUCUUGUUUCUCUUUUCUCUUUCUCUUUUUCUUUUUCUUCUCCUUGUCUUCUCUUCUUUUUCUUUUUCAGCUUGUUUCUCUUUUCUUUCUUCUUUCUUGUUUUCUUUUUCUGUCUUCUUUUUUGCUUCUUUCUUUCUUCUCAGCUCGUUUCUCUCCCCUCUUCUUCUGUGCUCUUUCUUCUUCUGAGCUCGUUUCUCUGGCCCCUCUCUUCUUUCUUCAUCUAUUUUCUUUUGACUUGUUUCUUUUUCUUCUUCUUUGUUUUUCUGUCCUUUUUGCUUCUUCUUUACUUGUGUCUUUCUUCUAUUCUUUGACCAUCUCUUUUUUUUCUCUCUCCUUCCUUCCUUUUUUUUUUAGUGAGCCUUCUCUUGACCUUUUUUUUCUCCUCCUUCUUUUUUUUUUUUAA